CAACAACAAAAACAAUAGCUUUCUCUUCCUCCUUUUCUUCUCAUCUUGCCCAUCUUCAGGUCUCCAUAUAUAUCAUAAGCAUACAGAGCACAGAGGCACAACAAACAGAAGAAAGAGCCUCCACGGCCAUGUCUCCCUCUUCUUCUGCUAUCAUUUCUCUGCUUCUGUGCUAUUUCUGCCUCUUCUAUCUUCUUCAGAGCUCUGAAUCAUCUUCAAUUACCGAUUAUUAUUCUUCAGAGGAUGAUCAGCCUUACAGAACUGCUUACCACUUCCAACCUCCCAGGAAUUGGAUGAAUGAUCCUAACGGACCAAUGAUCUAUGAAGGCCUGUACCAUUUAUUCUACCAGUACAAUCCCAAGGGAGCAGUAUGGGCCAGCGACAUCGUGUGGGCCCACUCCACAUCGAAGGACCUCAUCAACUGGAUCCCUCGCGAGCCCGUUCUAUACCCAUCACAGCAUUACGAUAUAAAUGGUUGCUGGUCAGGCUCGGCCACAAUCCUUCCGGGAGGUAAACCCGCAGUCCUCUACACUGGGAUAAACGCCGAGAACCAACAAGUUCAAAACAUAGCAUUCCCUAAGAAUUUAUCCGAUCCCUACCUUGAAGAGUGGGUGAAAUCCCCACUAAAUCCUGUGAUCGACCCAAAUGGCUCGAACAUGACCGAUGCAAGCUCCUUUGACAGCCCAACCAUAGAUUACUACACCAAUGAUCACCAAGACAAAAACAUAGCAUUCCCGAUGAAUAAUUUACCCGAGCCAAACCUCAUUGAAAUGGUUCAAUCCACGUCAGACCCGGACAUGAUCGAUGCAAGCAACUUCAGGGACCCAAGCACGGGUUGGCUAGGCCCAGAUGGGAGAUGGAGGGUAAUUAUCGGAAGCAAGAGAGGCAAAAGAGGAAUAGCAAUCUUGUACUGGAGCAAGGACUUCAUUCACUGGGUAAAGGCUAAGCAGCCUCUUCACUCCGCCGAGGACACCGGGAUGUGGGAGUGCCCCGACUUUUUCCCUGUUUCCACUAUUGCCCCUGUGGGCCUCAACACGUCAGUCGAUGGCCCAAACGUGAAGCACGUGCUCAAGGUAAGCUUGUUCGACAAUUCCAAGGAGUACUACACAACCGGGACGUAUGACUAUGCUAAGGAUGUCUAUGUCCCCAACAAGGGCUCGAUCGACGAUAUUUUCGGCCUCAGGUUUGAUUACGGGAAGUUCUACGCUUCCAAAACUUUUUUCGACAGUGCUAAGAACAGAAGGGUUCUUUGGGGCUGGAUUAAUGAGUCGUCAAGUGCGGAUGAUGAUAUCAAAAAAGGAUGGUCAGGGAUUCAGGCUGCUCCAAGAGCUAUUUGGUUAGACAAGUCCGGGAAACAUUUAGUGCAGUGGCCAAUAACGGAAUUGGAGACUCUCCGCACAGGUCACGUUGACAUGCCAAGCAAGCUGCUUGAUGGAGGAUCUACGGUUGAAGUGCUGGGUCUCACGGCUUCACAGGCGGAUGUGGAGAUGUCAUUUAAAGUGACCAACCUUGAGAAGGCAGAGAAGUUUGACCCAAGUUGGACCAAUGCAGAGGACCUUUGUGCCCGAAAGGUUGCAACCGUCAAAGGUGAGAUUGGACCAUUUGGGAUAAUGGCCUUAGCCUCCAAGGGAUUGGAAGAGUACACAGCCAUCUUCUUUAGGAUCUUUAAGGCCAACAACAACAAAUAUGUGGUGCUCAUGUGCAGUGACCAGAGCAGGUCGUCGCUCGAUGAUAGCACAGACAAGGCUAACUAUGGAGUCUUCUUGGAUGUCGACCCCACCAAGGAGAAGUUGUCGCUGAGGACCCUGAUAGACCACUCCAUAGUGGAGAGCUUUGGUGGGGAAGGGAAGGGAUGCAUCACAGCUAGAGUUUACCCCACAAUGGCAAUUGGUGAUGGUGCCCACCUCCAUGUUUUCAACAAUGCAGCCGAAGCCGUUCGGAUCUCAAGUUUCAGUGGCUGGAGCAUGAACAAGGCCCAGAUCAAUUGAUUAUUUACGUGAAGGUUGGGGAAGGAUGAUGAUUUUUCUAGGGCUACUGUUCCACUUUCAUUUAUUUCUCGGGAAAUAUGAGAUAUUGUUUACUUAAAAGCUUGCAGUGAAUCAAUCUCCCUUUCCUUGUUUUUUCUUCUUCAUCUCUGAAUUAACUUUUCCAAAUAAUAAGGUGAUAGAGGACAUGCUUAUGAA